AUGCACCCUUUUUCCAGCAAACACCUCACCUACACCGUCACCACGACCGCUGCGAACACUGCGACCGCAAUCGCGACGACCUUGAACAGCUUCGAAAUCCUAACCCUCACCUUGGGUGUCGUCCAGCCGCCCGGAAGUGUUGGUCUGCAUGUUGUCCACCCUCUCGCCGAUGUGGGAAAUACCAGCGCGGCCAUGCUUUGCCUUUCGCCCAUGCUCGCUCAUCUGGCUCCUUGGUCUCCAGGUUGCCGCCACCCAGAUUUGCACGUCACUCGUGCUCGCGUCGUGGCCGUCACCAAUGCUGCCACCGAGGUCCCUUCUGCCGAGAUCGAUACCGACGCCAACACCGCGAUCGCUACCAUCAACGAGUUGACGCGAUUAUCCAUGCUAUCGCCGAUUCUACCCUCUCCGUCACCGUUCAUCGAUAUCCACGACUUUCCAUUCUCCGCAUCCACCCGAAAGACUCCCCAAGCCAGUGGUGCUGCCUGCUCUCUGGGCCCAACCCAGGAACAACACCCAUCAUCUCUGGACCCUCAAGAGCCAACGUCAUCGAUGCCCUCACCCCUCCUAUCCAACAACCACAAAUCUGACGGCAACCACGAGUACACCCCGUUCUCUACAGUCUUGGACGAGCGCGAUAGCGACAAGAACGACCAUCGCUCGGAUCUCCAGGCACCAACAUAUCAACUCCGUUGA